ACAUUCUUCCUUUCCUCUGCCCCCCCUUCUUUCUUCUCUCAUCAUUCCCUCCUCCUCCUCUCUCUCUCUCUCUCUCUAACAUUCUCUCUCUAAACUCCUCAUUCAUGGCAGCAAGAUCAGCAUACCUCAAUCAGCUCCCAUAACAAUGGCGAGCUUACCACCACUCUUCACUACCUUCGUCUCUCUCCUCCUCGUCGUCCUCCUCCACUUGGGUUGCUUUAUCUUCACAUCAAACGACCAUCACCACCAAUCCAAGAAACGAAAACUCCCUCCUCUCUCUCAAUUAUCACCUUCUCCUCUCAAACUCAAAACCCACAAAGCUCUCUCUUCCUCUUGGUCCUUACUCAAACGGAUCUUCACCUCCAAACCCGCUCUCCCUACCCAAACCCACCCCAACCCGACUACUCCAUCGCCAUCCAUAUCCUCCUCCGCCAGAUGCUCUCAACAUUCAUCCAUUAUCGCCCUCACACCCACCGAGACUCCAAUUUCGGAUCAUCCACGAAAGAGACGAACAGUGUCUCGCGCAGAACUUGACAUCUCCGCCGAUCAACCCUUCUUCCCACUCCGAAACGAUAUCUAUCCAUGUCCGGCUUGUGGAGAGAUCUUCCUCAAACCCAAUCUCCUUGAGCAACACCAGGCGAUUAAGCACGCUGUUUCGGAGCUCUUCGAUGGGGAUUCAGGUAAGAACAUAGUUCGGAUUAUAUUCCAAACGGGUUGGCCCGAUAAGGUGAAGAGCCCCACCCUUCAUCGGGUCCUGAAGAUCCACAACAGUCCGAAGAUAUUGACCAGGUUCGAAGAGUACAGAGAGACCGUGAAAUCGAAAGCCGCGCGGAACGGCGUCGUUCGGGUACGGAACGAGAGGUGUAUCGCCGACGGUAACGAGCUCUUGAGGUUUCACUGCACGACGUUCUUGUGUGACUUGGGACAAAAUGGUAAUUCCAGCAUCUGUAAUCACCAGUACUGUAGCGUUUGUGGGAUUAUCAAGUCGGGGUUCUCACCCAAGAUGGAUGGAAUCUCCACGCUAUCGACGAGCUGGAGGGCACACGUGGCGAUCCCUGAGGAGAUCGAGGAGGAGUUCGAGUACAUGCACGUGAAGCGUGCGACGCUGGUGUGCCGGGUCAUUGCGGGUCGGAUCGGGUGUGACCAGCAUGCCGUGGAAAAGGAGGAUCCCGGGUUUGAUUCGGUUGCGGGCAGGGGCGGUGGGGUCCACACCAGGUGGGAUGAAGAAGAAGAGCUACUGGUUUUCAAUCCGAGGGCUGUGCUUCCUUGCUUUGUGAUCGUGUACACCGUCUGAUUUUGCAUCAUGGGGCUGUGAGUUCCAGGGGUUGUGAUGAUUGGGAUCACUAGCGCUUUUCACUUGAGUUUUUUUAGCCCAGUGUGCGUGAUUAGGAUCACAGUUUCAUUAAUGACCGUUGAUUUGGAAAGAGUGUGGGACAUGCCUAAAUAUGACCUGUCACUUGAGUAAACCACAGUUGUAAAACUGUUGUUGAUAUUGAAGAUUAUUUCUAUUUUAUGACC